AUGUCCAUAAAGAGAGAUCGAGCUAAGAAAACCCUAUUCAUCAGUCAAGAGAAAUACUUGGAGGGUGUCAUCAAUCGCUUUGGUAUGCAAGAUUGCAACCCAGUAUCAACCCCACUUGAAACAGGAAAAACUUUCCAGAAACGAGCCGAUGAUGAAGAACCGUGUAACAAGGAAACCUACCAGCAAGCAAUUGGUUGUUUAACAUACGUUUCAACUUCAACAAGACCAGACAUUGCUGCUGCUGUGGGAUUACUCUCACAGUAUAUGUCGAAUCCAAGCAAAGACCACUGGUUAGGUAUUAAGCGUUUGCUGCGGUAUAUCAAAGGAACUUUGACAUACGGUUUGAAGUUUGUUGCAAACAAGAAUGAAUGUGAUCUACAUGGCUAUGCUGAUGCCAACUGGGCUGGUGAUGUGGACACACGUCGAUCAAUCAGCGGAUACAUUUUCAAAGUUGCUGAUGCUACUAUAAGUUGGAGCAGUAAGAAACAAUCGACUGUUGCAAAAUCUACAACGGAAGCAGAAUUUGUUGCAUUGAGUCAGGCCUGUCAGGGAGCAGUUUGGCUGCGUAGAUUGUUGUCCGGUCUUGGUUGUAAUACUGAUGGUCCCACCUUAAUCAAAGAAGAUAACCAAGGAGCGAUAGAAAUUGCCAAAAACCCGAAGUUUCACAAUAGAACAAAACACAUAGACAUAACUUUCUAUUUUAUACGCGAAAGAAUAGAAUCGAGAGAAAUCAAAGUUGAAUAUUGUUCUACCCAUGAUAUGCUUGCUGAUAUCAUGACGAAGGCUUUGCCAAGAGAAAGAUUCGAGAAGCUGAGGAGCUUAAUGAACGUUUGUUCAUUUUAA